CAGGGAGCGUCUGCCGCCGCCCGCCUCCAGGGGCAGACCUGAAAGGAACGCUGCUUCCAGCGGCUUCGCGGUCCGUUGAGGUCACAGAGGAGCCGGACGCUGAAGGGCGGGCGCAGUUACUGGUUCUAAACUUACUUGGAGUCUUAAAAGAACCAGAAAUUCAGUGUUGGCGAGGAUUCGCUUCCCCUUCUGCCUUUCGAAACAACGGAGCCCUAACUUGGUGAUCCUGACUACAGAGCAGUGUGAGGAGUUGAUUACGUUACACCCAGAGAUUUCCAGGGCGAGUCGGCUUCUAAUGAGACUUUUAAUAAGUAGUUUUAAGAGAGAGCAGAAACCUCGAGACCCACCAGCUGCUUAGGGGAAGCAAGAUCUGGCCAAGUUCGCUGUCCAGGGCUCCAAGUCGGUGGCCCAACGGCCCCGCCCCUCCCAAAGCCGCCUCACUGCGCGUGCGCACUGAAGGCGGCCCGGAAGAAAAAAAGGCGGGAGCCACCAAUCCCCGGCGGCGCAAAAUGGCGCCGGGAGGUGAGAUGCCUGAGUUCGGGCGCAGCUUCUUCCGAGGUUGCCCUGGCCUCAGGUGCAUCGGGUGUUAGAGUCUGGGUUGGAAAGGGCAGGGGUUGGGCUGGGACUCUUGUCUUGGCACGUGUCUUUGUAGCACGGUUACGCACUCCAUUGUGCGACUUAAAUUUUUGAACCACGUGGGCCGGGAUCACCCUGAACCUGAGGAGAAGCAGGCGUCGAAGCGGCUGGUAGAGGAAGAGCUGCUGAAGAUGCAGGCGGAUGCUGGCACCAGGGAAGGAAAGCUAGACUUUAUCAAAGUGAAGAGGUCCCCUGCUCCCUGCAGUGACCCAGAGAGAAAAAGGUUCCGCUUCAAUUCAGAGUCAGACUCCAGCUCUACACCACCCAGUCCAGACUGCUCAGGACCCCCAACGAAGAACAGCACAACCAAGAAGUCAUGUUCCAGGAGAGCCCUAAAGAAAGCCGCUGAGAGCACAGAUGAAGAGCGGCAGACAGACCGGGUUGCCAAGAUGGGAUUAGAGGGGAGCAGUGAGGAGGAAGGGGAGGGUCCUGUCAGAACAAGUAAGGUCCGGAAGGGAGAGAACACUGAGGAAGAGGAUGCUGUGAAGAAAGCACAGAAGGGCAGGGCUAAAAAGCAAGCCGGGGCCAAGAACAAGCAAGCCCCUGGCAGAGUGGCAGCCAGGAAGCUGCAGGUCAGGGAAGAAAGUGAAAGCAGUGAGGAAGAGGCUGUGCAGGGGAGAGCCACGGCGGGGGGAGGCCCGGGUGCCGAACGCCACAGCGAAAGUGAAGACAGCGACGAGGAGCCCCUAGCCAAGAAGAGGGGGCCCCGGGAACCCAGACCGAGGGGCAGCCACGGGCAGAGGGUGAGCUACAAGCAGAAAACGGGAGGCUCGGGAGACAGUGAGGAUGAGAAGCAGCGGGGGGCGGAAAGUAAUGGGGACAGCAGUGGGGAGGAAGAAGGGAGCUCCCCCAGGAAAAGGAGCCAGGACAGGCCCCAGACUGCCAGCGGGAGAAGGCAGAGUGCGAGCAGUGAGGAUGGGGGAAGCAGCCCACGGGAGCUAGCGGCUGCUCAAGGAACUACUAAGACAGGCACAGCAGACAGCGUUAACGGCGAGAGUGACGGCCAGGCAGGAGAGAGCACCAAAGAGAGGAAGAACCGCUCUUCCAAGAAGAGCUCCAAGAAAGGCAAGGCACGGAGUUCCUCUUCCUCAUCAGAUUCCAGUCCAGAGCCCACCAGCCAGAAGGCUGGGUCUCGUCGUGCAGAAGACCAUCCAGCUGUGCUGAGACUAAAGCGUUAUAUUCGGGCUUGUGGUGCCCAUCGAAACUACAAGAAGCUGCUGGGCUCCUGUCGCUCCCACAAGGAGCGCCUGAGUGUCCUCAGGGCUGAGCUGGAAGCGCUGGGCAUGAGGGGCAGUCCUUCCCUGGAGAAGUGUCGGGCCCUGAAGGAGCAGCGAGAAGAGGCAGCUGAGGUGGCUUCCUUGGAUGUUGCCAAUAUUAUCAGCAGUUCAGGCCGAUCACGAAGAAGUAAUGCCUGGAACCCUUCAGGGGAAGGAAUCCCUCCAGGGGAGCUUUAUCGCCGAACCCUGGACUCAGAAGAGGAGCGACCACGCCAAGCACCUCCAGACUGGUCCCAUAUGCGGGGCAUCAUCAGCAGUGAUGGUGAGAGCAGCUGAACUCCAUGCCCCAAGGUGGACCUUGCCCUGUUAUACAGAGAGCCUGUGGCCCUGAAGCAGCUUUUGAAGAGAGCUAAGUUGUUGGCACAGUACUCAAUUUCUUGUUCUCUAAGGUUGCUUUGGGGGUUGGUUUUUUGUUUUGUUUAAGAGUUAAUAAAGUAAUGUUUGUAAUUA